AUGAGCGACAAAGAGCCCAAAGUGACCUCCAACUCGGACGGUUUUGAUCGAGAUGAUGAGGCUGUACGAUACCUCGAGGGCCAUGGAAACGUGAAUCCCAAUGUGGAUUUAGGGGCGCUUCGGCGUAAAAUUGAUCGGCGUCUGAUGCCGUAUAUGUUUUGUUGCUAUAUUUUGCAAUUUCUCGACAAAGUAAUGCUGAACUAUGCGGCCGUUAUGGGAAUCAAGACAGAUCUGAAGCUCGUGGGAAAUGAAUUCUCCAAUACCGCAACUUGGUUUUUUAUUGCGUACUUGAUCGCCGAGGUCCCCAAUGUGUAUUGCUUGCAAAAAGCUCCCGCGGCGAAGUGGUUGGGAGGCAAUGUCUUCUUUUGGGGAGUUGCAGCCGCUGCUUCUGCCGGUGCGAAAGACUAUGCAACUUUGUUGACAGCGCGCAUCUUUCUCGGGAUCUUCGAGGCCACUGUCGGACCGUCAUUGAUGCUUCUGAGCAGUCAGUACUACACCCGAAGCGAACAAGCCCCUCGAUUUACAUUUUGGUACAUGGGUCUGGGAGUGGCGCAAAUUCUGGGCGGGAUCAUCUCAUUUGCAUUCCAGCAUGUCAAAUAUGCGGAUCUCGAAGGCUGGCGCAUCAUGUUCAUCGUUCUCGGUCUCAUCACCUCUGUGGUCGGCGCCUUGACCUUUUUCUUCAUUCCGGAUACUCCCAUCAAAGCCAAAUGGCUUUCCGAAGAGGAAAAAGUCGCGCUUCUGCGGCAUGUUGGGGAGAAUCAGACUGGCGUGUGGAGCACGACGUUGAACUUUAGCCAGAUCAAGGAUGCCGUCUGCGAUGUCCAGCUGUGGCUGUUGACCUUGAUCACCAUUCUAAUUUCCGUAUCCAGUGGAGUCGUCACGACAUACUCAGCGACUCUGGUCGCCGGCUUCGGAUUCACUGGUCCCAUUUCCGCCCUACUCAACACACCCGGUGGCUUGGUGAGCAUUUUCUUCACUCUUCUCGUCGGGUUCGGCAUUCGCAAAACUUCCAACCGCUGGGCCUGGAACGUUCUUUGCACGAUUCCCGGCAUCAUCGGCGGUGCUCUCAUGUCCUUCCUCCCGAAGCACAACAAGGCGGGCGUUUUGAUUGGGAUUUACCUGGUCAAUGCGAUCGUCGCCACCCUUCCGAUCCUCUACCAGUGGACAAUGGCCAAUUGCGCUGGACACACCAAGCGUGCCUUUGCUAGCGCACUCGUCGCCGGCUCGUUCUCAGUGGGAAACAUCAUUGGACCACAGACCUUCCAGGUGCGCGAUGCUCCCGAGUACAAACCCGCCAAGAUUGCCGUGCUGGCAACACAAGCUGCGGCGGCUGUGCUCUCCGUCGUCCUUUUCGUCUACUAUCGGUGGGAAAAUCAACGACGUGAUCAGAAGAAGGGGCCCGUGGACGAGUCUAUGCUCGAUGAGACGAAAUGGGCCGGUCUGACUGAUCGGGAGAAUCCUACCUUCCGAUACGCAUACUGA